GGCACCUCAUUUUGGGAAAAAUCCUUCCACUGAGAUCCCAGGCCAAAGGAGGAGCAGGAGCUCCUGGAAUAAAUGGGAACGAAAAGUAUCAAACACCUGAUUUAAGAUCCCCAGUGCAGUGGGAACACCCUGAGGACAGAGGGGGUCGUGUCCAUCAGAUCCAGCACAUACUCCAAGGUUUUUCAUCUUCCACUCUCCCCUUUCCCAAGUGCAGCACCAUGGGCACAGCAGGAGACACCGAGUGGCUGCACUGGGUGACAAAGCAGUUCGGGAACAUCGCCGGGAAGGACAAGGAGAUCAGCCUGGAAGAGUUCAAAAGUGCCCUGCAAGUGAAGGAGUCCUUCUUUGCCGAGAGGUUCUUCGCCCUGUUCGACACCGACGGCAGCGGCACCAUCAGCCUGGAGGAGCUGCUGAGGGCCCUGAGGCUGCUCGUGCACGGGGACCAGCGGGACAAGCUCAGCUUCCUCUUCCAGGUCUACGACGUGGACGGCAGCGGCUCCAUCGAGGCAGAGGAGCUGCAGCUGGUGCUGCGCUGGUGCCUCCGGGAGAGCUCCGUGUCCCUGCCCGAGGAGCGCCUGGGGGACCUCACCAGGGCCCUCCUGGAGGCGGCUGACAGGGACCACAGCGGCUCCAUCACCUUCCCGGAGCUGCAGGAGCAGCUGGAGGCCUUCCCAGAGCUCAUGGAGAACCUGACCAUCAGUGCCGCCAGUUGGCUGAAGCCCCCGGAGCCCCCGGAGCGGCCCCGCCCGCGCUGCCUGUCCCGGGGCUACUGGUACAACCACCGGGGCCAGCUGGGCUGCCUGGGGGGCUUCGCCGCCCUCAACCUGCUGCUCUUCACCCUGGCGGCCCUGCGGCACCGCGGGCUCGGCCCCGCGAUCAUGGUGGCCCGGGGCUGCGGGCAGGGGCUCAACCUCGACUGUGCCCUCCUGGCUGUGCCGAUGCUGCGGCGGUGCCUGACCUGGCUCCGCUCCACGGCCGCCGCCGAGGCGCUGCCCCUGGACCAGCCCGUGCAGUGCCACCAGCUCGUGGGGUACGUGGUGCUGGCCCUGGGGGCCGCCCACAGCGGGGCUCACAUCGCCCACCUCGGUGAGCGCCGGGGCUGCGGCGGGGGAUCGGGGCAGAGG